GUGAGGUGGAGAGACAAAAAAAAUCACUGAAAUAUAACUGACUGCCUGAGAACUUUGACACCGACUAGGCUGUAACUCAUCAUUGGUAGAAACGAGCAUCUGGGACUCAAUCACACUAUUCCGUGCGGCCACUGUAUUCUUCGAGAUUAGCCUACACAUUAUCUUUCCAGGUGGGCUAAUGAAAAUUCGCCUGAGAGAUAAGAGCACUUUGGACACCCGCUCUGCCCUAAAGCUUCACUCGUGACUUGUCGACUCUACUUUUGAGGCGAAGUAUGGCUUGCUGUCAACAUCUAUUCGCCCUUUUUAUCGGAUUGGGUUAUCUAUGCGGUGGAUAUUGCGCGAUGCUGAAAGAUCAUUUCACCGAUCUGAAGAGACCAGCGGUUUCGAGGCAUUUUGGGGACACCGGGGAUAAGGAUCACUCUGUCAAGGAUGAUCAAGACCUGCUUUUACAGGAUACAGUUUCGGAGCACAUGCAGAUGCUCUAUGAGAAAUACAACAGAGCAGGUUUUCAGUUCAUGGACGGGAACACGGUUCGCAGUUUUAAAGCUCACUGGGGUACUAUCAACGGUAAGCAGCUCCAGAUCUUUAAUCUGACCUCCCUGACCAGGUCAGAAGACGUCCUCUCAGCCACCCUGCACUAUUACAUAGGAGACCUGCAGAACGGGGCUCACCGAUGCACUAACGCUAAAACCUGCCGACGCCACGGUCCUCGAAAACAGAGCCCCGUUCACCUGGGCGUGUGGAGCUUUGCCUCUGUGGAUAACGGCACCAGGACUCUGGGACACUUUGUCAUAAACGCCUCCGCCCUGCACGGGGACGUGGUCUCGUGGCAGUGGAGGGAUAUCACGCAGCUGGUCAACCAGGCCAAGCAUCAGGAGCAGCUGCUGAUCGGCAUCGGCCUGUCGUCGUGGCGAGGGCUUCGGCCGGGGAAGCUGCUCCACCCCGACCGCUCGCCGUACGUGCUGGUGUUCGCCAACGACUCGGCCAUCUCCGAGCCCGAGAGCGUGGUGUCCUCCCUGCAGCGCCACCAGGGGGCGCUGGUCCCCGGGCUGCACCGGCUGGGUGCCGCCCCGCGGCGGAGCAAGCGCUCGCCUAACGUCCUCCUCCCGCUGCAGAACAACGAGCUUCCCGGCCCCGAGUACCCCUACGAGCCGCCCGGCUGGGACGAGCCCGGCCCCUACGACCCGCUGGAGCCCAAACCCGCCAAGCGGCCCCGCAAGAAGCCGCGCAAGAGCCAGCGCCACAAGAUGCCGCUGCUGCAGUUCGACGAGCAGACCAUAAAGAAGGCGCGGAAGAAGCAGUGGAACGAGCCGCGCAACUGCGCCCGCCGCUACCUGAAGGUGGACUUCGCCGACAUCGGCUGGAGCGACUGGAUUAUCUCGCCCAAGUCCUUCGAUGCCUACUACUGUUCAGGCUCCUGCCCAUUUCCCAUGCCAAAGUCCCUGAACCCCUCCAAUCACGCCACCAUACAGAGCAUUGUGCGGGCUGUGGGCGUGGUCUCGGGCAUCCCAGAGCCCUGCUGCGUCCCUGAAAGGAUGUCCUCGCUGAGUGUCCUGUUCUUCGACGAGCAUGCGAACGUGGUCCUCAAGGUCUACCCCAACAUGACCGUGGACUCCUGUGCCUGCAGAUAAUACCCAGCCCUGCCCUCGAGAGUUCCUUUUGCACUGGAAGAGAGACUACAACUCCCAUAGUUACCUAACAAAACAGGAAGAGACUACAACUCCCAUAGUUCCCUAACUAAACAGAAAGAGACUACAACUCCCAUAGUUACCCAACCAAACAGGAAGAGACCACAAUUCCCAUAUUUACCCAACUAAACACAGAGUAUGUGAAUAAGGGAGCCAGGACUGCUAUCUGUUUUUGGAGCUGGAAGAACGACUGUUCUCCCUGACAGAGCAGUGGGCUGUCCUUAUCUUUCAGUCAGACAGACAGGAUGGAUGGCUAGUCCACGAACAUCACCUGCUCAUCAUCAUUGACACAAUGCAAAGCUGUUUCACAGGAACAUGCAAGACAAUGGGCUACUAUUGACCUUUUAUUAACUUUUUUGUAAUAAAGGAGGCAUAAACUGAAUAGAUUAUAAAAAAUAAAACCUCACCAGCAUUUCUGAAAAAAAAAAUGGAUUGCAAGUGACUGUGCUGAGAGCUUGAAGUGAAUCCUCGCUUGUAGCCUGUUCCUUUCCUGUGGGAAAUGCUCCUAGCUCAGCCAAAGCACAAGGAAUGCUGGUUUGCGGCCGAUGACAAACAUCUAGCAAAAUGGCCGCCACCUCAUCUUGCUCACUCCUGCGCAUGAAGAUUCACCCGGUGUGAACCUGCUCUCCUCCUCCUUUGUCAUCUUGUAGCCUGACUGUUUUUAUUUACGACUGUUAUCGCUUUCACCUAAUAGUUUGCAUUUGCUAUCCAUGAAAUUCAUGUUAAAAGUAUUCAAAUGGCUGCUAUAUCAAGUUAUAUUUGAUCACAAAAACUAAAUGAGGUUUUAAAUGAAUUUACAGUGGGGUAACCUUGAACACAAACAGGAUAAUGAGCAACUUUCACACCAUUGUAGCGCUAUUAGCCCUCGACUCAACGGAACAAGCAAUACAAAACAACAUAAUUCUAUAUCAGGCUACACAGAAGAUAUAAUGGGAUUAAGCACUACAUUGAAAAUUGGACAAUAUAGAGAAAAUUGCUUGGAGAGGAUUAGUCUGUAGUUAUUUUUUAUAAAGGGAAAUACAAGGUUUAUUAUUAUUUUUAAACAAAGGAAUUACCAGAGGAAACUAAUGACUGUUGUCUUUUUACUAUCUACUAUUUUCUAUUUUUCUAUGUACAUGAUGUGAAUAAAUACAUAGCAUUUAUGAUCCGGAAGACCGUUCUAUAGGCACAUUAUACUGCUAUAUUAAACUGCCCAGCCUCCAGACUCACUCCCUGGCGCCAUGUGUGUUAGAUUUCUGAGAUGCAGUCAUUGCUGGCAUGCCCCUUCUGAUGAUAGGAAAUAUAAACUGUAAACAAAGAUUUCAAACAGAUUAAUUCAUUUUCAACUAUUUCUAUGAACGGCCCUUCAUAAAACUUGUAACCCCUUCAUAAGUCCUUCAUAAGCGCUACCUUGCACCUUCAUAACCAUUCGUAAACAUUCAUCAAUACUUAUGCCAGCAAAUUGUGGUGUGCCAUUUGGAAAGUUACAUUACAUAUUACAUAUUACAUUACAUUUCUGGCAUUUAGCAGACGCUCUUAUCCAGAGCAACGUACAAUGAAGAAUUCAGUAUUAGUGGUGACUGAGAUCACCUUCUGAAUGUAUAUGUUGUUUGAAGGUGACAUGUAGCGUUUGUGAAUGAUGUUAUACGUAAUGAUGGACCAUUCAAAGAAAUUGUUACCCAGAUUUAUAAUUUCUGAGUGUGUGUUUUCCUUUUGAUUAAUCUAUUUUAAUUCACUUGGUAGGAUUGUUAAUGAAUGGAUUUCAAGCUACAUGCUGCACCACUACUUGACUGUAUGCCUUAGUGUGUUUGAUUUGCUUAAGGGAAACUAUCUGCGCUACAUAGCAAUACCAGCAGUAAAAUUCAUUGCUAUUCAAUAAGUACACAUAUAAUGAAGGUAAUAAACCAUAUAUUUAUUUUUUGAAAAAUGUAAUAAAAUUUAGAGGGUAAAACAUUUUAUAGAUAUGUAUAUUGGUUUUGUAUAUAAUGUAUGUCAAAGAUGAUAUUGUAUGCUUGUCUCUGGAAAUACCUUUUUAAUUUUAUUUACUAAUGUGUAAGUCAAAGUAAAAAUGAUAUGUGAAGGCUAUCAUAAUAUUUGAAGUCCAAUGAUAAUAAAAAAAACAACAAAAUUAUCACAUUGGAGACCAAAAUAUAUUUUGCAUUUAUGUUAAAGUGGGUAAUUUUUGUCAUAACUUAAGUGGCUCAUUUUUUUAAAAUAUUUCAAGAUUUCAAUGAAUUGCAAACAAUUUUGAAUAGCUCAAUCAUUGUAUUUUAAAAUACAGUGUAGUAUUGGAGCGUCUCACUACUUCUCUGGCAGACAAUCAUGUUGUUUUGAGAGUAACUGUAUACACUAAAUGGUUAUUAUGGUUUUAUAUACAUGGGCAAAUUUUGUAUUUAUGUUCAAUUUUGACUGUUUGCAACUCAAAUUCCAACGCAGUUACAUAUUGUAGUGAUGCAUAAUUCCUGGCAACACACCACAUUGAACUAAACGGCUAUUUAGCGAUGAAAACAUGCAAAUGUGUACCAAGAGACAUGCGAUGGAAACAUCAUAAAGUCUUAGUAUGUGGAAAUACGAAUGUCAACUGCAUUUUAUUCCUUUGGCAACCUUCAGAUAUGGUCCGAGCAACCUUUUCUUGUGUGUAUAUUUUAAAUGUAUAAGAGCUUCCUCUACCACACUGUACAAUCUUUCUUGUAAAUGUUUGAGUAGGUUAAAAGGAAAUGCUUGUACAAUAAGCUUUAUAUAAAUAUAUUUGUAUAUGGAAA